UGCUCCUGCUCUAGAAUCUUAUCCAAAGUUCUCAUUAGCAGCUGGGGAUCCGUUUGGUGAGGCGAGUGAGACGUAUCAAGCUCAAAAACAGGGACAGGUCGGCCUCCGUUCUCUUCCAGUCGUGAGAUGAACUGCCUCUGAGCUGGUUCGGGAACAAGCACAUCCUUCUUAGUCAGGAUAUAGCUGGAUGGAAUUAGUUUGUGGAAGCCAUCGUAUGUCUGCUCAUCGCCGAAGACCCUGACGGCCUGAGAAAUCUUGGAAGCGUCCUGAGCUAGUUGUUGGCCUUGCUCCUUUGUGAGAUUGCUGUAGAAGCACAUGGCUGUUUCUUCAUCGCAUAUAAGAUAGUCGCCCUGCGUAGUUACAAUUAGUUCAAAUGCAAUCACACAUCAAAGUCUCACGUACCUCGCGGCGGGGAUAACGGCCUGGGUUGGCUUCAUAUAGCCCCCGAGUACUUUUGCCAGGAGGUGCAAAGAUCGCAGCCAGAAAGAUCAGAACUGACUGAGCCUCCUUUACGUCAUCGGCCAAACCUGGCGCAGGAUCAAUCCUUUCCUCACGAGAAGACUGAAGAGGAACAACUUCGACCGGAUAGCCCUUGUCUUCAACUGACCGCUGGAUGGCGCUCCAGAAUCGAGGUAAGCUGAAGUUGCCAGGUACGAUCACCAGGGCAGGUCUUGCGGCUGCAAGAACAGCAGCCAUAUCCGAGUUAAAGUUCGAGGCGACGGAAAGUUUAACGAAGCUCAAAUAGCCGUGAUGAAGCCUUCGAGGUUAUGCUACAUCCAAGUCUGUGAGAGGUAAAUUAACGGCUCCGUUGAUGGUGAGACUCGGAUCCGAAGGAUUCCACGGGCUUAUGUCAGAUUUCAUGUUUCAAGACCUGGGGGGCAAAGCACUAGCAACUUAUAUGUUUUCUUCCCUGGGCCCACUCUAUCUUCAGGUCUUUAAAAUGCUGAACUUUGACAGGUGUAUCCCAUUGUCUGCCAUUAUUCCCCCAGCGAGGCUUUCUACGAAUAUAUGGACGUCAGUUGGCACUCAAGAUGAGGGCGUACCAUUUGUAAAUUGGGCCUUGCUUUCACAUCGCCAAGUGGCCAAUGAUUCCGGAGUUGGCGACACAUUUGGAGGCGUCACUCAAGGCACUUACAGGACUGUCACAGCUUCUAUAUACGAUAACACGAUCCUUCAAAUGCCUGCGAAGCACCAAAACUACAGUUAUACCCUCAAAUACCAGAGGCCUCGACUAAGAUGUGCUGAUGUGACCAACCAAACAUUCUUUGGCUAGUUGGAUCUUCGAGCCAGAGAAUGGGCAUCGAGAAUCAGAGGUGUUCAAACAUGGUACAACGCUACUUCGCAAGAUACGUCAUUCGACAUCCACUUUUGCACUUCGAAAAGGAACUUCACUUGUCAAACCUACACGAGUAUUUUCUCUAUUACCAAUGGCGUCCAAAAGACCAAUACAUCGCAUGCCAGCUUUGAUGAGCGGCUGCAUAAGGUUGCACCAUCUGGAC